UUAAAAUAUAUGCGGAAACAAAGUGAAGCAGAAGCGAAGGGCAUAGAUAAAGGAUCUGUGUUUUCUUGAAUUGAAUCUUCAAAGAAGCUCUUACGAACUCUCUGAAACAAAGAUGCAGGCAAGUGAUAGGUUUAACAUCAACUCUCAGCUUGAGCAUCUUCAAGCUAAAUAUGUUGGUACUGGUCAUGCUGAUCUGAGCAGAUUUGAAUGGGGUGUGAACAUUCAGCGUGAUAGCUAUGCUUCGUACAUUGGUCACUACCCGAUGCUUGCUUACUUUGCAAUCGCUGAGAACGAAUCCAUUGGACGAGAACGCUACAAUUUCAUGCAGAUGAGUUCAUCAAAAACCCUAAUCAAAACCCUGAUCAAGAACCCGACUCGCAUCAGAUCCAAAUACCAAGCGAAGCAGCUUCACGCACAGUUCAUCAGAACACAAUCCCUCUCACACACAUCUGCUUCCAUCGUGAUCUCAAUCUACGCGAACCUCAGACUCUUGCACGAGGCGUUGCUUCUUUUCCACACGCUCGAGUCUCCUCCUGUUCUCGCAUGGAAGUCAGUCAUCAGAUGCUUCACCGACCAGUCUCUCUUCUCCCGCGCGCUGGCUUCGUUCGUCGAAAUGCGAGCUUCUGGGAGAUGCCCAGAUCACAACGUUUUCCCUUCUGUGCUGAAAUCGUGUACGAUGAUGACGGAUUUGAGAUUGGGUGAGUCUGUUCAUGGGUGUAUCGUCAGGCUUGGCAUGGAUUGCGAUUUGUACACUUGCAAUGCCCUCAUGAAUAUGUAUGCUAAGCUUCUGGGUAUGAAUUCAAAGAUUGGUGUGUGUAAAGUGUUCGACGAAAUGCCUCAAAGAAAGCCUAGUUCUGAUGAUAACGAGAAAAGUUCACAUUUUGAAGAGAGUUCAGGUUCGUAUUGUGUACCCAGUGAACCCGUUGAGCGUGUUAUGAACUGUAGCGAAGAUUAUAAUGGAAAUUUUCCUUUAGGCAUAGAUAGUGUGAGGAAAGUUUUUGAAUUGAUGCCUAGAAAAGAUGUUGUUUCCUGGAACACUGUCGUUGCAGGGUAUGCACAAAGUGGGAUGCAUGAAGAUGCUUUGAGUAUGGUUAGGGAGAUGGGAAGUAAUGAGUUAAGCCCUGAUGCUUUCACCUUGUCUAGUGUUCUUCCGAUAUUCUCUGAGUAUGUCGAUGUUAAUAAAGGAAAAGAGAUUCAUGGGUAUGUGAUUAGGAAAGGGAUUGAUGCUGAUGUAUAUAUUGGGAGUAGCUUGGUCGAU